GUCAUUUUCGAAUCAUGGCGCUGCUUUUCCGCGGAACCGCCGCCGCGAGCCUGGCUGGCCGCAUGCACGUCCGCUCCAUUGCGUUAGCCUCUCGCUUCCCAGAGACUGUGUUGGAACUCAAGGACCCCGAAGGCAAGAAGCCGCUUGUUCCGUUGAACGUGGCGCUUGCUGCGUGCAAACAAGGCGCCGUCCGCAAGUUUGACGAGACCGUGGAUAUUGUCGUGGAACUCGGUGUGGACCCUCGCAAGCCCAACCAGAGCGUCCGCAGUGUGGUCACGUUGCCCCACGGCACCGGCAAGGUCGUCCGCGUGGCAGUGUUCGCCAAGGGCGACAAAGCAGACGAGGCACGCGCGGCGGGCGCGACGAUCGUGGGCGCCGAAGACCUUCUCGCCGACAUCCAAGCCGGCAAACUGGACUUUGACCGAUGCGUGGCCACCCCCGACAUGAUGGCGUUGGUCGGUCGGGUCGCUCGCGUCCUCGGCCCCCGUGGCCUGAUGCCAAACCCCAAGCUUGGCACGGUAACGCAAGACGUGACGGCGGCUAUCACGGCGGCCAUGGGAGGCCAAGUGGAAUUCCGCGCCGAGAAGAAGGGCAUUGUGCACGCCGGCGUGGGCAAAGUGAGUUUUUCAGAUGAUGCGUUGCUCGACAACAUUCGUGCGUUUAUGGUGGCUGUGGGAGAAGCCAAACCCGAAGGCGCCAAGGGCAAAUACGUGAAGGCGUGCCACUUGAGUAGCACCAUGGGCCAUGGCAUCCGGUUGGACCCGCGCCAGUUGGACCCGUCGUCGCCGCAAUUCAUGCGAUUUACUUAGAUAAUUUUCAAUUUCAAACCAGCAUCGUUCUGA